AUGCGAACAGGGGAAAUGCGAUUUAUGCUACAUUUAUUGCUCUUGGUGAGCUAUGUCGCGGCAGGCAGCAUUUACCAGACUCCGCUCAUAAAGAUAGAAAGUAUGCGAAUGGAAAUGAUCAGAAAAGGAACAUGGGCCGAAUACGUGAAGAAAAAGAAUGCUAUGCGGGCGUCUCUGCUUUACGACUAUCAAGAUACUGAGUACCUAGCCGAAAUCACCGUCGGAACACCUGCACAAAGUUUUCAGGUUGUUCUAGAUACUGGCAGUGCAAACUUAUGGAUACCUGACAAUAUAUGUACAUGUUGCGAAGAUGAUGUUGAUAACCCAGACGAAGAAAAUCCUUGCAAAGGCAAGAAUGGCUUCGAUUCGACAAAAUCAACUUCAUAUGUAAAGAUUACUCCCAAAACUCCUUUCGAUAUUGUUUACGGGACGGGAUUCGCAAAAGGAUUCCUCGGUAACGAUACCGUACGAUUCGGUAAAGAAGGUGAUGAUAGUACUUUGGUUGUGCCUGGUACGGUAUUUGGCCAGGCAGUACAGAUCGGUGAUCAGUUCGCAAACAAUCCUAUCAAUGGCAUCCUUGGAUUAGGAUUUCAAAGACUUGCACAAGCCAGAGUGGUCCCUCCUCUACAAAGAGCUAUCGAUUUGAAGUUAGUGGAACCAGUUUUCACCGUUUACAUGAAGCAAUUGGGAGCGACGGCAAAGGGAGAAGAUGGAGGCGCCUUCACAUACGGUGGUCUCGACUCAGUAAACUGUGGACAGGAGAUUGCAUACGUGGAUCUCACGAGGCCGUUGUAUUGGCAGUUCAAAAUGGAAGCGUUCAGUGCAGGAUAUUUGAGUAUUAGAAAGGGUUGGGAAGUGAUCUCCGAUACUGGUACGUCGUUCAUGGGUGUUCCAACAGCAAUUGCAGAUUUGGUAGCGGAUUCCUACGGAGGUCAAUACGACGAGAUGUUCGAGAUCUAUACAGUCGACUGCAAUGCAACAGUGACGUUCGAAAUGACUAUAGGCGGAAAACAGUACAAGAUCGAAAAAAAGAAUCUUGUUCUUGAAGAAGACAAGGACUCGUGCAUGAUAGCAAUGACUCCAUUAAGUUCUGUUGGGUUUGGGCCACAAUGGAUUCUUGGUGCUCCUUUCAUUCGCCAAAUCAUGAGAAUGUGGCUCGGCCUUCUACUUCUCGUAGUGGGCACAUCGGCUACCGUAUACCAAAUGCAUCUUACACGAAUUGAGUCGAAGCGGAUGCGAUUGAUGCGAGAAGGUCAGUGGCAACGACAUCUACAGCGAAGGAAUAUGAGACGAUCGGUAACACUUCGUCGUUUCGACAGUGACAGCAUUUACCAGCACAGUGUAAACGAUUACGACGAUGCCGAGUAUCUGGGCACAAUUACUGUUGGAACGCCGGAGCAGGCAUUCAAAGUGAUUCUGGACACGGGUUCGGCCAAUCUCUGGGUCCCUGAUGUAUCGUGCACCCAACUGAAGGAUCAGCUUCUGAAAUCACAAUUUGCUAUAAAAGAUGAAAAAAGAGCUCCAAACAAGUAUGAGUUUUCUAAAACGCUGAAUUUUCGAAUAAAGUAUCACACAUAUGGCACCGGAGACGCUAGUGGUUAUUUUGGAAACGACACAGUACGAUUCGGCGCUCCUGGAACGAGGCAGCUAGUCGUACCCGGUACCGUAUUCGGUCAGGCAUCGACAAUUGCCGAGUUUUUUGCUGAUAAUCCAAUCAGCGGUAUCCUUGGUAUGGGUUUCAAAGAGCUUGCUGUCGAAGGAGUCAAUCCACCAUUUCAACGAGCAGUCGAUCUCGGUUUGGUGAACAAGCCAAUAUUUACAGUAUUCCUGGAACGGAAAGGAGAACAGACUGAUGUCCCUGGAGGAGUUUAUACUUACGGCGACAUCGACACAACUAACUGUGGGCCAGUGAUCGAUUAUCAGCCAUUGAUAUCAGCUAAUUACUGGCAAUUCAAGAUGUCUGGAUUUGUCAGUGGGAAGUUGACGUCGAACAAAGGAUGGCGAGUAAUCUCUGACACGGGUACAUCGUUGAUCGCAGCCCCUCGUGCACUGGCUGAACAUAUCGCAAAAGUGAAUGGUGCUAAGUUCGAUCCGAUGAAUGAUGUCUAUCUCAUCGAUUGUGGUAGUAAACCUACUCUUGAGCUACUUAUUGGUAAUAAAAAAUACAAAAUCCAGUCUGAGAAUCUUGUCGUACCGGCGGGUAAUGGCCGAUGUAUGCUGGCCGUGUUUGGCAUACCAAGUCAAGGUUUUGGACCAGAAUGGAUUCUUGGUGAUCCAUUCAUUCGUCAGUUCUGUAAUAUUUACGACGUCGGACAGAAGCGUAUCGCACUAUCGGGCUUGGCCCUAGCCGGUGUGUACCAAGUCCCGCUGAGGAAAAUCGAAUCGAAAAGAAGUAGGUUGAUCCGCGAAGGAACCUGGGCUCACCAUGUUCAUAUGAAGAACGCUGCUCGCAUUCAUAUGCUAGAGAAAAUUUAUUCUCCUGCUGUUAAGGUUAAUGAUUAUGACGACGUUGAAUAUAUUGGAAACAUAACAAUUGGAACACCGGAACAAGAAUUCAGAGUGGUUCUGGACACUGGUUCGUCUAAUCUAUGGGUUCCCGAUGUAUCUUGUGGAAAGGGCACACUCUGUUCAUCCCUGUGCAGUGACAAGUCCUGUUGCCAGAAGAAUGAGUUACGGUAUUUCGGAUACAGUAAUCGUGGAAAUGCAUGUCAAGGAAAGAGAAGUUUCGAUUCGUCGAAAUCAACUACAUAUUCCCCCAUCAGAAGAAAAUGGCGAAUUCGGUAUGGUUCCGGCUCAGCGUCGGGAUUCCUUGGCUCUGAUACUGUUCGGUUGGGUUCUGCUGGUUCGAAUCAACUAGAAGUCCCAAAAACCACGUUUGGCCAAGCGACCGAGCUCGCGCACUUCUUCGACGGCCAGCCACUUGAUGGUGUUUUGGGUUUGGCAUUCAGGGCCAUCGCCAUUGAUGGUGUUACUCCACCACUGAUAAACGCUGUGGAACAAGGCCUACUUGACAAGCCAGUGUUCACCGUAUUUAUGAAGCAUGUCGGGGAUCAAGUUGAUGUUAACGGCGGUGUGUACACUUAUGGUGGAAUUGAUACGGCGAACUGCGGCGAAAUAAUCUCGUACCACCCACUCUCCUCUGCUACGUAUUGGCAAUUUCCAGUGGAUGUGGUGAAAGCCGGCAGCUACAAUCAACGCAGACGCUUCCAAGUAUUCUCCGAUACUAGUACCUCACUUAUCGGCGCCCCGAUACGAGUUGUUGAACAGAUCGCUAAAGAUGCCGGAGCAACGUACGAUGCACCAAACGGAAUCUACGCAGUCGAUUGCAACGCUCAAAUAUUUUUGGAGCUUGUGAUUGGUAAAAAGUCCUAUCAUAUCGAAGCGAAAAAUCUGAUUGCCAGAGCUGGUGACGGAAGAUGUGUGCUGUCACUUUUUGGCAUGGACGGCGCCGGCUUUGGUCCAUCCUGGGUUCUUGGCGAUCCAUUUAUCCGCCAAUUCUGUCAGGUUUACGACAUCGGAAAUAGGCGAAUUGGCUUUGCUAUCCCGCUUCAGAAGUAA